AUGGUAGUCAAUUCGGAAAAGAUGGCCGGUCGGUCUCGCGUCAACGUCAAGGGGAUGGAUCAGUACUCCCCCAUGCACUGUCAUGCCCAAACUCAGGGAGUUGAGGAGUAUCCUUCAUGGAACACAAUGCCGCCUAUGAUGGCUGGUACCCCUACCAACACCACCCUAAGGGUUCCAUACCCGCAUUUUGCAUUGGUGGGUAUCGAUGGGUCUGGACAGCUCAAGUUCCAUACCUCCUUUCUCGAACGGUUCAGCGGGCCCGUCUUCACCCCAGAAUUCAAGCACUGGUUUGAAAGAGCAACGGGUGUCAAGGGCCUUGACCGGUCACCCAUCUUCUCCGGAGACGUCGACUCAUAUCAAGGAAGACAGUGGCCAAUGGGCCAGGAGGUGGACGUCUUUCCCAACCCAGCUUACCCAAAGAAGCGUCGCCGUGAGAUUAUUCACCAUGCUCCCAUAGAGCCAGAGGGAUCGGUCAACGACAUGGACGCCGUGGAAAUGGUACCACUUGAAAUAGGAAACGAGGAGAAAGUUGAGGCAUACUACGAAUCCGCCUUCAGAGCUUUCCAACAGAUCAACUGUCGACAGGUAGCAAAGGCCUAUAUCAAGAUCAUCGAGCCACGGAAGCAAGUCAAGCACCCCUACAACGGUGGACGAGGAGCACCCGGCGAGAAGGGAGACCCAGAGAAGACCAAGCCGGACUGGUGGCCAACCGGCGUCAUCCACCGUGAACCAGAUCAUUUGAAGAAGCCAGAACGUAUACGCCUUCUUGUCCACAUCUUCCGCAAGCUUGGUAAGACACAUGGAAUAACUGCCGACAAGCUAGAGGAGGCCGGACGUGAUGCCCAAAGACAAAUAAAACCACGCGAGAGACUUGAUAUCCUGGAUGAGAUUUACAAGGUUCGAAGGGCAGAAGAGUGUUACGAGAGAGGCGAAGCAGAUGCAAACGCCGUUGUCUAUGUCAUCAACAGAGAUGCAAACACCAAAGCCGAACGGGACUCGGAAGCAAUGAGCGACGCUGGACAGAGCUCAAUCCUAGCCGACGAAUCGAGAAAGGCAAUGGAAGCCCAAACCGCAAAAUAUCCUACCCUAUCACCAUCACACCUUCAUAUGGCGAAGAGACAGUCAUUGGUACGGGACCACAAGCCACCACAUCUAUUCCGCACACCAAACCUCAACGACUUCGGAGGCAUGGAAAGCAAGCCACCGGCUGAUCAAACCAUCGAAUACUUCUCCCAACCCGAGUUUGUCACAUCCCCCGUCGACGAACACAUCAACAGCAUGAGAGACAACCAUCACUGGUCUUCCUUCCAACAACCACUAUAUAGUCCCGUUGAAUACAACCCCAACCAUCUCGUCCCACAACAACUCCUCGCUCCUCACCCCAUGGCCACCAGUGAAGCACCAAACUCUAGCCUACAGCAGACUCAUGGCCUCCCUCUUCCAGAACCACAUGGCUCAAGACAUCAAUCCUUCGACUACAUUCCAAUGGACAACAAUCCGUUCAACGCUGGGCAGAUGACACAUCCCCUACUACCACAAAACAGCCAGGAAUCAGACCCGGUUGCACGAUAUAAAUGA